AUGUUCGAAUCCCCUAUUCCAUUUACAGGUGGCAAGCGCAAGCCACUGCCCCCGGCCGUCAUCGCAGGAAUCGUGGCGGGUGUUGUUGUCACUGUGGCGCUUGCUACGCUCCUCUACUUCCACCGUUUCGACAAACCGCUGACUAGCAGCAAGGCGGCAGCGCAGGUGUGUCAGGAGUAUUCACUGGCGGCGGUGGUGAAGGCGACCAACGGGUGCUUCGGCAUUCUCAUGCUUGAGCUCAUCACGGGCCGUCAUGUCAUCACCAAUUCUUUCGCCAUUCCCUCCGAUGAAGAGGCGGGUCAGCAGCUGCACAUCCUUCCCUGGGUCCAGCAGCAGCUGGCUCAAUCCGGCAGCAACAGGGGGGUUGAGGCAGGUCUAAAGGACGCGCGCAUGGAGGCGCGGGAUGAGUUGGUGUUGAGGGUGGUGCAGCUGGCACUGCGAUGCACCGCCAAGCAGAGCGCCAUGCGGCCGGCCAUGGGGGUGAUUGCCGCCGAGCUGGAGGCCGUGCUGGUGGCGCUGGGCGGCAAACGUAGCAACUCCGCCGCCUGUCAGGUGGACCGGCAGGUGGAGUCGGAGAGGAUGGCAGAUGCAGAUUUGGAUGCAGAGAUUGCGCGGCUGAAUGCGUUGGCUGAAGGCAAUUGA